CGAAUGUGAAGAAGAUACAGAUGGCGGAUCCGAACGUUUCAACACGAGAUAGCUCUGAUAUAGUCGUUAUGAGUAUGGGAGCUGCAGUAGGGUCUAGUGCUGACACAGCUUCGACACUGGCUGCUGGCAUUGCUGCGCAAGCUAAAGCAACUCUGAACGGUGCGACAGUGCCCCGGACGGCGGCUCCACCAGGUGAUCCGUCCGGCGCCAAUGAUGGAUCAUCACUGAGCGAGAAAGAUAGCUUAAUGCCACCGGCGCCAUCACUUGUAGAAGAUACUACUGGCCAGGCUGAGGAUUUGGUUGAUCUGCUCCUCAAAGAGAUUUUAACACGGGUACCCGCAUCGGCUAGGAGAUUCAGGCCACGUCCCAGGAAAGUCAGCAAAGGCGUUUACAAGUUCGGCCUUCGAGAUGUAUCCUUCCUCACACGGUCUGGAUCCUUGUAUGUAUCACAUAUAGACGGUAUAGCGGCCAAACCACAGUAUGGUGAAACUGAGGUCCCUGCUGCCAACUUCGUGGCCUCUGAGUAUGGUGUGAAGGACGCUUCGGACUUGGAUAGCUUGACUAAUCUAUUUCGGCCUACGAGCUUCGGCCCCCAACGCCAGAAGUUACUUCCUGGGUCUUCCACCUCUGUGUUGCAGGGUGGGACGACUAUCUCAUCUCCGUCUAAUAUAGUUGGAGAAGGCAGUUCCGAUCAUCUGGUACGACGGACCAUCGAUUGGAAAUCCUUCGGGUUUCUGUAUCGACUGAUCAAACUUGGGAUGGAUGCUAACGAUCCACAGUGGCAAACCCUGUGGGAUCGAUUCUCAACCAACGAGGGAUUAAGAUCUCCUGCGAAUCCCCGGAAGCAAAAGCUCGAAACACUCCAGAAAUUUGUGGAGCAGAGUUUGGUGUAUGCUGUGCGCAAGGACUGGGCGAAGGAGCUGUUGUACAAGAAGCCUGGCGAUCCAGAUCCCGUGAUCGAUGAUGCGAACAUCGAUGAGAGUGAGAUCGAGCCCGCGCCUUCCCAGGGACCUGCUGUGGCUGUAAGAAGGAAGGAUCGACACAAAAAGCACCGACAUCAUCAUCAUCACCACCGAUCACGCUCUGCGUCGCAUUCUCGGCGUAGAAGCAAAUCAUCGAGCCCUGCUAGUGUUUCCCGCUCGAGGGAUGGUCAACCCAUGGAUGGCGGCGGCGGCGUCACGUCGCCUCGAGGCUUCCCUGGUUACGUACCUCCGACUGCUCCAGUCCCUCCCGGACAUGGUACCUUCUACAAGACUCGAUUGUGCCCGCUUUUCCAAUCUGGAUCUUGUCCUCGUGGGCAGGCUUGUAGCUACGCUCAUGGUCCGCAGGAACUUCGUCCCAACGUAGCGGGCGGUGGUAGACCUAGUGGAGGCCUGAUAGGUGGUCUUCAUACAGGCACUGUUAUGCCAACGGCUCGG